AGCUUAGUUUGGUAAAUAGGUUGGUCAGGUGUCUAGUUUGGUAAAUAGUUUAUGUGUUAAGCUCAAUUUGAUAAAAAAUCGAACUUGAGUCAAGGUGAGCGGUUCUACCAAAAAUAAAAUAAAAAAUCUCCCCACCUAUUCCAAAAAAUAAAAUAAAAUACAUAACCUGUCCUUCAAGAAAUUGAAGCUACCAGAAUCAGAUUCCUCAUGCUUAUUCGACCCAACUAUAUUAUUGGUGGGGGACUCUGAAUAAUUUAGACUUGGAAUUCAAUUCUCCAAUUUGCCAGUAAUUCUAGCAAAAUUCAAUACAUAAAAACCCCUCGAAUUUUGAUCAAAACUAGAAUAUCAUGGCAACAUUCAGUCGAUUAUUAACUAGAAGAGUUUGGCGCAGUGCAAUUUCUUCUUAUAAAACCAUAAACCCUUCAUUAUCACCUCAACCCCUUCAAACUCGUCUUUAUCAUGGUUAUGGAACCCAGCAGCAAUUGGCCAAUGUGUUUAAAGGCCGUAUUCCAUUUUCUAGUUUCGAGUCUACCCGGUCACUUUGCAUUCCGCUUGUGCUAGCUAGUGUUGUUGGUGUUGGGAUUCUAGAUGUGGCUUAUGCAGAUACAAAUGAGGCCCCUUCAGAAUCUCCCUUGCCAUCUGAUAUCCCUUCAAGUUAUGAUAACCUGGAAGAAAUAGCAAAAAAGGAACGACAUAGGUUGGAGGAUCUUAUAAGAAGCAAAAGCUUGAAGUAUGGUUCUUAUCCACGAUUCACUGUUGCAGUAAAGGGCCAAAAGAUUGCUAUCAAGUUCCCUGUACCCGCAUAUUGUGAAAUCCCUAGACUGAUAGCAAACCUUGCUGCAAGCCUCAAUGGUGGUUCACCUAUGGAAGUUCAAUCCUGGGACAGCACAGUUGCUUGGCAGCUAGCACUCAGGCUCCCAAAUGAAAAGAGAGAAAGUGGAGGGAGUAGUGUUGGUACAGGAGAAAACAUUUCAAAUGACAGCGAUCUCUGUGUUUUAAUAUUUAGGUCACUGAUAAGUCCUGAUAAGCCGGAGGUUGAGUUCCUGAAGAAAGGAAGCUUUAGUCCUGCUGAGCUUGAGGCUCUAGUGUCAAUCAUGCAAAUAGCUGGUGAAAGGCCAGGGCAGAGCAAAGCUGGAGAAAGAAGUAGUUCCGCUGGAAUGCCUUCGACAAGUAAAUCAAUUACUAGUUUAGAAGCCAUGGGCAUACGUGUAUUCGGGCUUGAUGAACCACUUGUUGGUAAUGCCAAUGAAGAGGUGUCAUGGGAUACCAUUGCUGGCUAUGAUCAGCAAAAGAGGGAAAUAGAGGAUACUGUGCUGUUGGCUCUGCGUAGUCCUGAAGUCUAUGAUGAUAUUGCCCGUGGAACUCGGCGAAAAUAUGAGUCCAAUAGACCCCGAGCUGUGCUUUUUGAAGGCCCUCCAGGUACUGGGAAAACAUCUUGUGCUCGUGUCAUUGCUAAUCAAGCGGGGGUUCCUCUUCUUUAUGUGCCAUUGGAGGUCGUCAUGUCCAAGUACUAUGGUGAAAGUGAGCGCCUCUUUGGGAAGGUUUUCUCUCUUGCCAAUGAGCUUCCAGAUGGUGCAAUCAUAUUUUUGGACGAGGUUGAUUCUUUUGCUAUUGCCCGUGAUAGUGAAAUACAUGAAGCUACUCGAAGAAUUUUAUCGGUGUUAUUGAGGCAGAUUGAUGGUUUUGAACAAGAUAAGAAGGUGGUGGUGAUUGCUGCAACAAACAGAAAGCAAGAUAUUGAUCCUGCUCUCAUUAGCCGAUUCGAUUCGAUGAUUUUCUUUGGUCUGCCUGAUCACCAGAAUCGACAGAAAAUAGCAGCUCAGUAUGCAAAGCACCUUGCUAAUUCUGAAAUUGACGAGUUUGCUUCAGUUACCGAGGGCUUGUCUGGGCGGGAUAUCAGAGAUGUAUGUCAACAGGCAGAGCGUCGCUGGGCGUCCAAGGUUAUUCGGAACAAAGAGAUUAACACCUCUACAGACGCUAAAGAAGGAUCCCUUCCCCCUCUACAAGAGUAUAUUGAAAGCGCAAUAUCUCGGAAGAAAACCCUUUUUGACAUUGAAGAGCUAAGGAAUAAAAAACAGAGUCAUCGCCUUGAUAAACGGCCAAUGGACAUGAGCUGAUGGGAGAUUAUAGAUUUGACAUCAAACAUAGAGUGAAUUAGAUUGAUCCUGCUUUUGACUCGUUAUACAAAGUAUAUAGGAAAAUCGCUAGCCAUAUUGCGGUAUACAACAUCAAGUGUCUACAUGUUUGGGAACGACCAAGUCUGCUGCCCCAAUAGACAUUCUAUUAGAAUUACAUGUUAAAUUGACUUAUGUAUUUAAGUUUUAACAACGUAUUAUAUUACUUCUACGAACGAAUGACCCCGAAGAUGUAUCUCCUUCCUGAGAAGGUUUAGCAUAACACGAUGCAUGAACUUUACGGUGCCUUUUCUUGCUAAAAUACCGUCGAUUCGGUUACAACGGAGUAUAUCUCUACAUGUAAUAAUGAAGUCAUGAAUUCUUGUACUGUAUGGAAAUCGCUUGUUUGCAACAUUUCCUGUAAAGUGCAAACAUCCAGAACGUGUUAGAAAAGAAAAUCAAAAGAGAUGCAGACACUUGAGAACAAAGACAAGAACAAAGAAUCUGAUCAUGUGAAUUUUGACAUUUUGGUAACGGAUUCGAAUUUAUGUGGAACCAAAUUAUUCGGCCUUAUUACUCGUUACUCGUAGAAGAGUUUAUUACUAUUUAUUGUACUAGUGUCUACUUGUAUAAACCUACGAAGUGUAAAAUGCCAAGAUUUGUGACUUUUAAAUUUUA